CACACUGCGCGCAAAGACGCGCUGAAAGGUUCAGUGGUGUUGGGUGUGGAGUUUGGAGAGCGUGCUGGAGCUAAAUAAAGUCGGUGUGGGAGGAUGCAGUGGGAGGAUCAUGUUGAUGUUUGAACACUUUCCAAACUCCAGCACUUUCACUCAGCCAUGCGUUUGUGUGAGAGAGUGUAUCAGGAUCACGCACUGAUGUAGGAGAGAGAUACACAAGCACACGCCACAUUACAGAACAGAACGGAACGGAACUCCACGCGCGCGCACAACGAUGAACCUGGACCGGAACUGUAACGUGGUUCAGAGUGUGAUGGGAUCCCGGAGCUGCGCGCUGUUCCGCGGCCACUGGCAGCCCACGCUCACCUACUGGAGCGCCUUCUUCAGCUUCGGCCUGUGCCUGGCCCUGCUCGGCCCCACCGUGCUCGACCUGCGCUGCCAGACGCGCUCCAGCCUGCAGCAGGUCACACUCGCCUUCUUCGCGCAGCAGUUCUGCUUGUUCGUGGGAAGCUUCGUGGGCGGUUUCUUCAGCAAGUCACUUUGCUCCUCUUUGUCUUCCCUCACUGCAUCGACGUUCAUCAUCUCUGUGGUGUUCGCCUUCAUCCCAAUAUGCAGCAAUCUGCUGAUGCUGCUAUCUGCGAUGGCUGUUACAGGCCUUGCCAUGGGCAUCAUUGAUACCAUCUCCAACCUGCAGCUGGUGAAGCUCUACCAGAAAGACUCUGCUGUAUUCCUCCAGGUGCUCCACUUCUUCGUUGGUCUGGGGGCAUUGUUGAGUCCCCUCAUCGCUGACCCAUUUUUGUCUGAAACCGACUGCAUCUUAGGAAACACCACCAUCAAUUCUUCAUCAACCAUGAGGCACUUGAGGAACACGCUAUCUGGCAGACACCUGCAUAACGUGUCGCACAUUACUCUUCAUACUGAAGGCGAAGUGGUCACCAAAGUAUCCUACGCCUUUUGGAUCAUGGCCUUUGUCAACCUUCCUGUGCCAAUCGCCGUUUUGGUUCUGAUGUAUCGGGAGCACCUGCUCCCGUGUUGCCCCAAGCCUAGUCCUCGACUCCUGGGUGCGGUAAAGAUGCAGAGGAAUUCCGAGCAGGCUGAUGUGAGCACAACCGAGCUGCAUGAACCAACAGGCCACAUGAAUAUGCUAAACUGCCAUCAUCUCAGCAAGCUUAAAGGAUUUCCGCCAUCAUUCUUCGGGCUCCACGUCUUUGGAGGGAUGGUCCUUUUCUUUUCCGAUGGCAUAGUGGGGUCCUACACUGGCUUCAUCUACACGUAUGCCGUGGCUCCACCCAUGAGUCUGCCGCACAAGACGGCGGGCUACCUGACCAGCGUGUUUUGGGCAGCCAUCACAGUGGGACGUCUGGCCUCAAUCCCGCUGUCUUACCGCGUCAAACCUGUUCACCUGCUCGUGUUUAACCAGGUCGGAGUGAUCGUGACCCAGCUGCUUCUGCUCAUCCUGUACACGAGCAGCACCUUCCUUUUCGUCGGUACUUGCCUUCUGGGUCUGUUCAUCAGCAGCAUCUACCCGUGUAUGCUGGCUUUCACGGAAGACCUCCUUGACUACACAGGUUGUGCCACUACGGUACUUGUGACCUCUGCUGGAUUAGGAGAGAUGCUUCUGCAGUUACUGGUGGGAUCGGCGAUCAACACGCACGGCAGUUACAGCUUCAUGUUGUGUGGGAUGAUCUUCGGCUGCUUGGGAUUCGCACUCUUCCUGGCAAUGCUUUUAGUUCAACACAGACACAAAAAGUACUUAGCAGCGGCUUCCACUGCCAGCGCUGUAGCAGAAAGUUCUGAAGCUGAACACUGACCAACUCGCUGACUACAGCACUACAACGGCGAAGUCGGACCGAGGCGGUCGCGGUCGGAGACCAGGAGUGAAGAGGACUAAACCGGACCGUAGUCACUGGCUUGAGACGAACCUCCCCAAAGCCUGACGAGGGCUGCGAUCUUUUACAGAACUGUAAAUCCACCAAGACCAAAGAUGAUUCGUCGUUGAUUCGUGUUAAUAAAGCAGGUCGAUGUAAAGGUGGUGUACGUCUGGGGGUGGAAAAAAUGUUGCUUUCUCUUCAGAUUCCGCUGCAGUUGCCGAAAGGAGGGAAAAACCUACCACGUUCCUCCUGUUCGGACGCGUCUGGAAUGCGAGCUGGGCUACAACUCGUUUCUGAUUCUUCUGAAAAGAAUUCAUGUGACGUUUGCAACUGAUCUCUUGAGCUGCAAAGAAUUAAACCGUGUAUUAAA